CCAAAACGUAAUUUACCUAUUUUCUUACUUAAUAGUUAAUACCAUUUCAGCACGAUUCGGUUUCUUCGUACCCGUUGGUUCAGGUGAUGCAGAAAAACAGAAUAGUUCUUAGAAGCUCCCCACCGGCAACUUCCUUCAGUCCUCUUCUUUAUCCACAAUUAUUCCAAAAUUUCCAAUGCCCUACGUCCGUCCGAGUUUCAAGCAUCUCUGAUCUCUCUGUAGCUGCCCUUUUCAUCCCUCUCCCUCUCUCUCGCUUUGUCAUCAUCGGAACGCAAUCGGAAAUCGGCAUCUCGUCGGAGCUUCUAUAAACACAAUUCCCAAUUCUCCCAAAACUUCACUCUCCCCUACUGAUCAAUCAACCUUCAAUUGGAUCAAUCCCACCUCUGUUCGAUCGCUCCCAAUCGAAAAUUCGCCAUGGAUCCCAACCCCAAAUCCUUCCCGAUCCUCUCCUACGUCAUGCAGCGCCUCCCGUCGAUCAGCCCCAGGGCGGCCCUUUCCCCCUCCUCCGCCGCCUCCGCUCGUCCUCCGCUCACCGCCUUCGACAUCGAGCAACAGCCGCUCCGCUCUUCCUCCGCCUCCUCUUCCCCUUCCUCGUCGCCCUCCGGCCAGACCCGCCUCCUCUCCGCGAUGCCCAAUCUCAAGGACCCGGAGCUGCUCGCCUCCAUGACCACCGCCAUCGCCGACGUCUCCCAGACCCGGGCCAUCCUCCGCAGGCUCGGGCCCCGGCCCGACCACGAGACCGUCGACGACGCCAAGGCCAAGCUGGCCGACAUCGAGGCGAAUCUGUCCAAGCGCCUCGAGGAGAUCGUCCUCACCCCGCGGCCCGAGGACGUCGACCGGCUGGAUUGGAGGGAGCAGCUGGCGAAGAAGGAGGACGACUGCCGGAAGAUCGCCGAGAAGGAGAAGAGCCUCUACACAACGAUUGUCCAGCUGGAGGAGAUGCACGUUGGGUACGAUAAGCUGUUGAAGGAGGCCGAGCAGCGGCUGGUUCAGAUGUACGAGAACGCCGAGCGGGUUGAAGGUGAGGAAGAACAGGCACCCCCCAAGGAGGAGGUGAAUGAAGACGUCGUUAGGGUUCUUCAAGAGGCUUCGGGGAAGGGAAUUGAUAAGGUGGAUUUGUCCGCCAGGAAGCUCAGGUACUUGCCCGAGGCAUUUGGCAAGAUUCAUGGCCUCAAAUUGCUUAAUCUGUCCAACAAUCAACUUGAGAUGGUUCCUGACUCAAUAGCUGGGCUAGAACAUCUUGAAGAGCUCAACCUUGCUUCAAAUCUGCUGCAAGUGCUACCCGAUUCAAUUGGAUUGCUGCUUAACAUGAAAGUCUUGAAUGUCUCCAGCAACAAGCUAGAGUCUUUACCAGACUCCAUUGCUCACUGCAGGUCGUUGGAGGAAUUGGAUGUGAGCUUCAACCGACUUACCUACUUGCCUACAAACAUCGGGAAUGAGAUGGUGAAUCUCCACACAUUCUCUUUCCAGCUAAACAAGGUCCGAUCUAUCCCCAUGUCCAUUGGCGAGAUGAAGUCGCUUCGCCAUCUUGACGGCCACUUCAACGAGCUCAAUGGCCUUCCACACACAAUUGGGAAGCUGACAAACCUCGAGACCCUGAACCUGAGCAACAACUUCACCGACUUGAGGGAGCUCCCCGAAACUUUUGGCGAGCUGUUGAGCCUCAAGGAGCUCGAUCUCAGCAACAACCAGAUCCAUGCGCUGCCCGAUACCUUUGGGAGGCUGGAGAAUUUGGUGAAGCUGAACUUGGAGCAGAAUCCUCUCGUGGUUCCGCCGGUGGAAGUGGUGAAGGAAGGGGUACAAGGCGUGAAGAGGUACAUGGCUCAGAGGUGGAUUGACAUACUGAUGGACGAAGAGAAGAAGGCCAUACUCGAGACACAAGAGGAAGGCGAAUCGGGAUGGUUAACCCGCAGCACUUCCUGGUUGAAGAACACCGCCGCGACUGUUUCUGGGUAUGUCAGCCCGAAAGCCCCCAGGGAUCCUUAUCUUGAUCAGCAGCUAUAAGAGAAUUCUCCCAAGUUUCCCCUCGGCAAAUUUUUGAGCAUCCCACUUGAUAUUGUACUACUUGAGCUUUUGGUCGUUUUUCUGGUUUGGUUUUCCAUCUUUUUCAAGAUAGAAAGAGAACAGUAAAGCAAGGUUUUUUGUUUCUCAUUUCCCAUUCAGUCAUAGACAUGUCGCAACAGGGGCUAUAGUUUCUUUCAUAUGAAAUCCAAUCUCAGUUUUGGUACACGAGGUUAGUUUUUUAUUUAGUUUUGCACGUUCGAUGUUGAUGUAUGAACUAACUGCUGCUAUGCUAUUGAUCAAUCCGUGAAAGUUGUCAGGAAAUAAAGAAUUUGUUAGAAAUAU